AUGGGGACUCUGCUGCUCACGGCCAUCCUCGGUGGACUCUCGCUCGUUUACUCUAUUUAUCGCUUCCUGACCCGCCCGUCAAUCUCGCACAUCCCGGGCCCGGAGUCGACGUCGUUCUGGCUCGGACACCUUCCUGAACUAUUCCAGGAACAGGCCGGGGAGACCGACUUCAAAUGGCAGGCCGAGUUUGGCGGGAUAGUGCGCGUGAAGGCGCCGUUCGGCGAGGACAUGCUGUGGAUAUCGGACCCCAAGGCAUUGCAGUACGUCUAUCAGACGUCGGGGUACAACUUUCCGAAGCAGCCGGAGCGGCGCAUCCUGUCCCGCCUCAUCGGCGACACGGGGCUAACGUGGGCAGAAGGUGACGUGCACAAGCGUCAGCGGAAGGUCAUGCUCCCGGCCUUCGGGAUGCCCGAGUCGAAGGCUCUCCUGCCUGUCUUCCGACACUACGCCGAGCAGGUCACCUUGAAAUGGAAGGACUUGUUGACUGGCCAGUCGGCAGGCUCGGUCACGGUCAACGUGCAUGAGGACGUUGCACCCGCAACGUUAGAAGCUAUCGGCGAAGCUGCAUUCGACUACAAGCUUGGCGUGCUUGACGACGAAGCGAGUGAGCUGGGCAAGGCCUACAGCAAUCUAGUCGCCACCAUCUUCUCCGCACCGUCUAAUGCCAAGAUCUUCAUGCAAAAUAUCGCGCACUACGUGCCGAUGCGCAUCCAAGAGUUCCUGUACGACCGCCUUCCGGGCAAAGGUCUUGAUAAAGCGCGCUUCAACCGCGUUGCAGCCCACAAGGUCGCGAACCAGCUCCUCGACAUGAAGACGGAAGCACUCAUGAUGGGCAAGGGCAACCGCGACGUCAUGAGCAUUCUCGUGAAGGCAAAUGCGGCGGAAAGCGAGGCGCAUAGGCUCAGUCAUGACGAGAUCGUAUCGCAAAUGCGUACAAUUCUGCUCGCUGGACAAGAGACGACGUCGAACACGCUCAGUUGGGCGCUCAUGGAGCUCGCGCGGCAACCGCACAUUCAGACGCGUUUACGCGAAGAGGUGCACGCGAUGGAGCGCACGAUCCGCGCGCGCGGCGACGCGGAUUUCACGGUCGCGGACUUUGAGGCGAUGCCGUACCUGCAGGCGGUCCUGCGCGAGAUCCUGCGCUUCUUCCCUGCGGUGCCGCACACGUACCGCCAGUCGCUGCACGACGAUGUCCUGCCCUUGUCGAAGCCGAUCACGACGCGCACAGGCAAGGUCGUGCACGAGGUUUCGAUUCGCGCGGGGCUGCGUCUGAUUCUGUCUGUGUGCGCGUACAACCGGGAGAAGGACGUAUGGGGCGAAGACGCGCAUGUGUUCAACCCGGACCGGUGGCUCGAGUCGUCCAAGACGAAGCGCGGGACGAAUGUGGGCGUGUUCUCGAACCUACUGACAUUCGCGGGAGGCGUCCGGGCCUGCAUCGGGUGGCGUUUUGCGAUCUACGAGGUGCAGGCGUUCCUGACCGAGCUCGUGUCGAACUUCCAGUUCGAGCUCACGCCGGACGCCGCGCGCGUGUGCAAGACGCAGGCGAUCGUCAUGGUGCCCACGCUCGAGGGCGAGCUGCACAAGGGCGUGCAGCUCCCGCUCCGCAUCUCGCUUGCGCCGCGGGAAGAGUAAAUAGUUUGAGACAGGUGGCGGGUAGACGGACAUCUCGGGCCUGGUGGGUGUGGUAGGUAUCACUCUCGUUUUCUUUUCGUUUUGCUGCUGUGUUCUUGGAUAUAUGCAUCUCAC